AUGCAGGCCAUACUCUUCCUGUUGGCCCUUCUCUUGCCUCCUGGAGCUGGAGCUGAGGAGAUUAUUGGUGGUGUGGAGUCAAGACCACACUCCCACCCUUACAUGGCCCAUCUGGAGAUCAUCAUUGACAGAGAUACCAUUAGCAACUGUGGUGGGUUUCUCAUAAGUGAAGAAUUUGUGAUGACGGCUGCGCACUGUAAAGGCAGAGAAAUUAUUGUCACUCUUGGGGCUCAUGAUGUGAGAAAGACAGAACCCACACAGCAGAAGAUAAAAGUCGAAAAACAAAUCGUUCACCCACAUUACAAUGUCCACCCUCACCUGCAUGACAUCAUGUUGCUGAAGCUUCAAAGAAAAGCUAAGAUCACUCCUGCUGUGGCUAAAAUUCUCCUGCCGAGUCCACACGACUCUAUUAAACCUGGACAUUUGUGCCUGGCAGCUGGAUGGGGCAAAACUGGAGUGAAUGAUCCAUUGUCAGUCAAACUGAGGGAGGUGACACUAAGGAUCAUGGAAAAAGAGGCUUGUAAGAACUAUGCGAAUUUCAGAGAUGACUUACAGGUCUGUGUGGGCCAUCCAGGAAACAUACAAUCAGUGUUUGAGGGAGACUCCGGGGGACCUCUAGUCUGUGCUGGGGUGGCCCAUGGUAUUGUAUCAUAUGGACGUCAUGACGCAAAACCCCCUGCAGUCUUCACUAGAACCUCUGGAUAUGUGUCCUGGAUUAAUGCAGUUAUAAGGGAACAUAACUGA